AUGGGACAUAUAUUAUCGCAUCCUGUCACAGAUAAGACCACUGUGUACUGCGAUUCCCAGACACUAUCAUAUGUGAUUGGCUCAUGUCAGGGAUGGAGAAAUAAUAUGGAAGAUGCCCAUUGUGCGGUCGAGGAGACGUUUAAAGUGACGAAAAACAUUCCUAUUAUCAAUAACAACAGCAAUUUGGGUAAAGAGCCAAAACUACGAUUGGAAACCCAUGAAGAAACUAUCAAUGUGAAAAUCUUUGGGGUAUUUGACGGGCAUGGUGGGUGGAAAUCGGCUAAAUUUGUGUCCGAAUGCUUACCGAGACUGAUCAUUGACGAAAUCAAAGUGAAUUAUCAGCCAAACAAACCGAACAAUUGGGUGAAAAUGUUGAAGAACGGGUUUAUGAGAUGCGACCAUGAUUUAUACCACAAACAUUUCCAAUGUGGGACGACUUCGAUUGUGGUGGUGAUCAUCAACAACUCCCAGAUGUACGUGUGCAAUACUGGUGAUUCGAGAUGUGUGAUGAGCACUGGUAAAGGAGGGGUGAAGAAUUUAUCGUUUGAUCAUAAACCAAGCAACAUUGGAGAGUUGAUCCGGAUUCAAGAUGCUGGGGGCGUGGUCAAUAUGAACCGAGUGAAUGCUUCAUUGGCGCUAUCACGAGCCUUUGGCGAUUUCAAUUUCAAAAAGAAGAAAGUUUACAUCAAGGAGAAUAGUAGUAAAGUUCCUUCCCAUUUUGGAUUGAAAGAAAUAUGGUUACCUAGUGAGGAAACCCAGGUGACGGUUGAGCCGGAAAUCAUUGAGUUGAAGUUGGAUUACGAGCGUGAUGAGUUUUUAGUGUUAGGAUGUGAUGGGAUCUGGGACUCAUUUAGGAACUCGACGUUGAUCCAAUUGAUACGACAUAAGAUUAGCAUUGGGGUCAAGUUGGAUAAGAUUUGUGAGGACGUGAUCGACAAAAUCUUGCAAACCAUUGACAGCAAUACUGGGGUUGGUUUUGACAAUAUGACCAUAUUGGUGGUGGCAAUCCAUGGCGGGGAAAUUAGUUUCGAUGGGUGGUAUCGGAAGAUCCAGAAUAGAUACGAGAAUGAGAUGGGGAUUGUUUAA